AUGCCCGCCUCGCCGGGCAGCAGACGUAUUGUCAUUGCGGUCUGCGGCUCCGAGAAGAAACACCAACAGUCCUUCGAUAAGCUGAAGAGGUAUGUAGAUGAGAAGGGCGACGGCGACGGCGUCUUAUUCGCCGUGGUGACGAUGUGCUACGAGGGGAAUAAGAACAAACUGACAACGGAGACGGGCGGGGAGGGUGUGGAUGUGGUGCUGCAUAAAGUCAGCACGCUUCAUCCAAUGGCGGGUGAAGCACUGGAGCGGUGGUGUGCCGUUGCCACGCGCAAGCGACGCCGUCGUGGUCUGCCACCCGUCAUUGUGGUCGACCCCGUCGAGCACACGCAGCUGGUGCUGCGGCGCUCGUUCUUGAACAAGCUGCUCGACGGGCGGCUGCGGCGGCCGCUGUGUCCGAUGCCACGCUCGUGGCUCUGGGCGCGGCAGGGCGCCCCAAUGACGCCGCUCGGCCUCUCCUCCUUUGUGCUGCACGACGCCUCAGCAGACGCGGCGGAGCUGCACCGCUCGGACGGGCCGCCGGGGGAGCGGUGGUGGAUCGCAAAGCCGGACAUUAGCACCGGGGACCCGCAAGCGCACCACAUGGUCGUCUGGCGUGGCGUGCAGCCAAUCGAGUCGCUGCCGGAGGAGGUGUGCCGCCUGCUCCCGUCCGAGCUCAACGCAUUUAUUGUGCAGGAGUUCCUCGCGUGCGCGCUACCAGUUGUUUUAAAGGUGUACUGUAUUGGCACCGAUGCUUUUGUGCGGGUCGUGUCGACGGCGCCGCUGCUGCGCUGCGUCCUCGCGCAGACGAAUGGGCCAGUUUUCAUCGAUUCGCAGCAAAAGUAUCCCGACGACGACACAUGGGAGAGAGAGACGACGCAGUGGAUGAAAUACCUGGCGAAAGGCGGGCGAGCCCACGCGCAAUGCACGAAAAUAGCCGCUGAGUUAGCAGAGGAGCUACAACUGACACUGUUCGGCUUUGACCUGCUGCUGAUACCAGAGAACUUGUCUCGGGACGGCAGCAUCCGCCUUGACGCUGCCUCCACCGCGCGGGAAAGAUCGCUCGCGGCGUCGCGGCGUGACGCGCCGCUUCUCUUUGAUGAAGUAACAGGUGCAGCCACAUCCUUUCUCUGUAGUGCCGUACCGGUUCUCGUGGAUGUUAAUUACUUUCCGGGGUUUGCAGGCAUGGAAAAUGCCGAGGAACGUUUGUUGAACGUGAUUGAAUCGAAGGUCUUGGGGCAUGGCAUCGCGCAGAGGCGAUCAAGUGUGGAAAAAGAGAACUCCAAAUGCUGGUGCUGUUAA